AUGAGACCAUCCCCAGAAAAGACUAAAUACAUUGUGUUCGGGGCCGGUAACGUCCAAAGAAACCUGCAGCUCACUUUCGCCGGGGACCCAAUCGUUCGAGAAGAGAGCAUCAAGCUUUUAGGGGUCACCUUCGGAAACUCACCCAGCAUCACUGACAAGUGGAUGGCCGAGAUGAGAAAGAAGUGGAAGCAAGGCCUCAACCUGGUCAGAAGAAUCUCCCAUCGACUAGGAGGAGCCGGAGAAGCAACGGCAAGGAAGUUAGUAAUGGCCACACUGGUCUCGAAAAUCACAUAUGCGGCGCGAUUUUAUUCAUUACGGUUGUGGCACAAGAACCAGUUCCGAGCUAUGCCCAAUGACGCAGGAAGAGCCAUCUUGGGGCUACCAAGAAGUACAAAAACGGAGAGGAUGAGGCAACUCAUCUUUUUGCCAGAAAUUGAGGACCUACUGGUGCAGCAGAUAGUGACGCACACGGCGCGUGUGCAUCACACAGAGGAAGGCCGAGCAGUGGCAAGCUACAUAGGCAUCAAACUCCCGGAGACCCUAGACCCCCUCCCCCCAAGCAAGGCACCGUGGGAUGUGAUUAGCGUCACGCAAGGUGCGAAACCCCUUCCAAGAAAUAUGGACCCGGAGCGACACAAAGCCCGCAGGAAAAGGUACGCCCAACAGCACAAGAAGGAGGUCAAGGAGCUGUUGGCAAGCCAGCACAACACAGUGGUGUACGUCGAUGGAGCGACAAAAGGGAAGGAGUAUGCCGCAGGAGCAGUCUUCUACAGAGGCGAGGGGGCAACUCCCUUUGAAAUUGCCACUAGCUGCGGACUGGGCACGGAGGUCACAUCAGACACGGUAGAAGAAGCGGCUCUUCUGUUCACGUUGGGAGUAUACGGGCACCUCCCCGGCAAGACGAGAAACCUCAUUAUCUAUACGGACUCCCAGGAGGCGGUACGAAACAUGUACAAGCUCAAGGCAACUACAAGCCCGACGGUACACGCCUUCUUCGACACGGCGCUCAGCCUAUACCGGGAGCACGGCACAAGAAUCAGUGUACGAUGGGUCCCGGGACACCAGGAGAUCUCAGGAAACGACAUGGCUCACGCAGCGGCACAGUGCGGGAUGAGAAUUCCUCAGUUGCCAUCCCAACAGGCGUCCAACUGCGAAGAGUCAGUCGAACAGCCAGAAAAUACGGCAUGCUACGACCCCGUCGAAGAGCUGCGUAGAUGUCGCAAGGUGCGAAAGAUUCAGCUAGCGGAAAAGUGGCAACCCGAGGACUACCCGCUUCCGGCGAAAACCUUCAAGCGAAAGGAAACGGUUCAACUUCGGCUCAUCCGUACCGAAGGCGCGGUCACGCCAAGGCUCAAGUACCACAUCAACCUCUCGCAAUUGCGACGGACGCAGCCGUACGCGGUCCCUCCGGACCCGCGAUGUCAGAGAUGCAAGGAGCCAGAAGCCAUUCCCAGGCUCGACCAUCUCCUAUGGGAAUGCCAAGCUCUAGCCUUGUGCAGAGUGGAAGCCAUCGAGACGCUACCCGAGGAACAAAGACCCAAGAAACUCGUGGAUUGGACGCACCCGCAGGGCGAAGCCCAACGCCGGACGAGGGUCCUCCAGUCGCUUCUGGACUUCGUAGCCAAGUCAGAUCUUGGGGACUCCAUAUGA